AUGCGCUUCAACACCAACGUCCUCUUCCAGUGUGCCGCUGGCCUUCUCGCCUUGGCCGGCAUCGCUGAAGCCUCGGCUCUUCCUGUGUUGGAGGGCAACGGCGAGGAGCUCAUGGCUGCCCAGGCCGGCUCGCUCGAGAAGCGCGGCAAGUACGAAUGGGCCGUCGUCCUGGGCACCUACGACAGCAACCGGUGCGACGGCUGGCAGCGCGACGCGACGCAACCCGACGGCGUUUGCUACAAGCUGGGCAACCAAGACUACGGCAUGAAGAUCUUUUGGCUCGCUCAGGGCUGUCGAGUUCUCGUCACUGGCGAGAAUGGCGCCUGCACCACCUCCGGAGGAACCGGCACUUGGUACAGCAACCUGAACGAGUGCAUCCCGCUCAACGGCAAGUGGUUCUACCAGGUGUACUGUUAA